AUGACUCCAGAGACAUGCUACCCCGUUCAGGAGGAUGCAAAAACAGAGUUAGCUGAGGAACUAUCCAAAAUAAAGGUGGCAGAAUCAGAAGAUUUCACUAAGCCAGUAAAGUUAGAGAAAGAUGAGCAAGUACCGAACUUCGGACAAUACGGUGUUCAAAAUAAGACGUUUCCCAUGGAAGCUCUCACAAAAUGUGAUGAAGAAGAUGAGGGUUUGGAGAAAACAACUGCUUCAAAAGAACUAGGCAUUGUUGACAUAGACUCAGACUUUUCCAUUUCAUGUCCACCGCAACAGUCACUCAACGUCGAUGACGACGACGAUGACGACGACAACAACUUUGAACCCCACUCAGGUGGGGGCUUUGAUCUCAUCUCGGGUCAUCAUCACAACUCCGGUGAUAUGGCCUCACGCUGCCCCAGAGGCCGACCACCUAGCUCGAUGAACAAGCCAAAGUCAUCGAUGAUCAUCACACGAGAGAGCGCAAACACUCUCCGGGCCCACAUCUUGGAGGUCGGAAGCUGCUGCAACGUCUUUGACUUUGUCGCCACCUAUGCCCGGAAGCGGCAGCGUGGGAUUUGUGUCCUCAGCAGAAGCGGCACCGUCACCAACAUCACGUUUCGGCAGCUCGCCGCAGCCGGAGUCGUGGUGACACUCCACAGAAGGUUCGAGAUAAUUUCCCUUUCAGGAUCGUUCUUGCCCUCGCCUGUGCCACCGGGCGCCACCAACCUCACUGUAUUUUUGGCCGGUGGACAAGGUCAGGUGGUUGGUGGGAAUGUUGUUGGAGCCCUAAUUGCAGCCGGUCCGGCCAUUGUGAUAGCUUCCUCUUUCACGAACGUGGCAUAUGACUCAUUUUUUGUUACAUUUUACUCAUUUCAUGUUAUGUAAUAUAUCAUUUUAAUUACA